CACUCCAUGCAAUAAAAAGGAUCAUGAUCAAGACAAUGUGGUUACGUAAGUAACAUUUCUGUCCUUAAUGCAUGAAUUGUCUUUCUACAUAUAUUUUGGUGGGAAAUGGUCAUGUGGGGAUAAAUUUGGAUCUUGACUUUUAAGCACUAUGGCUUUACAUGGAUCUUUAUAAUAAGAAGCUUUGUCUUGCUUACUUGCUUGUGAGGUUUAAGAUUCUUUGUAGCUGCAAUGGAAGGAGAAGAUAUCACAACAAACAACAAAGAAGCUUUGAGCAUUGAACAAGGCCAAUUAAGGGGUGACCAAGAUCAAGAAUUUUCCCUCCCCUCUGCUCAUACAAUUGGCCAUGAUUCAUGGCAACAAGUUGGGUUGAUGCUGGUGACAAGCUUCAAUUGUGGUUACAUAUUGAGCUUUUCAAAUCUUAUGUUGGUGCCUUUGGGAUGGACAUGGGGGAUCAUAUGCCUGCUGGUUGUGGGGUUCUAUACUGCCUAUGCCAACUGGCUUUUGGCUGCUUUUCACUUCAUCAAUGGCCAAAGGUUCAUCAGAUACAGAGAUCUCAUGGGACUUUUGUUUGGUAGAGAAAUGUAUUACAUCACAUGGGUUUCCCAGUUCUUGACCCUUCUUCUUGGAAAUAUGGGUUUCAUUCUACUUGGAGGAAGGGCACUCAAGGAGAUUAACUCAGAAUUCAGUGAUUCUCCCCUGAGGCUCCAAUACUUUAUCGUUGUCACUGGAGCGACCUACUUCAUCUAUUCAUUUCUAAUUCCAACAAUCUCUGCAAUGAGAAGGUGGCUCGGACCCUCUACCGUUCUCACUUUCGCUUACAUUGUCAUACUCUUGGUGGUAGCAGUUAAAGAUGGGAAAGCUAACACAAAGAGAGAUUAUGCAAUCCAUGGAAACAAAGCAGGCAGAGUGUUGAAUGCCUUUGGUGCAAUUUCAGCUAUAAUUGUGUGCAACACCUCCGGCCUGCUACUAGAGAUACAGUCAACUCUGCGCAAGCCUGCAGUUUCAAAUAUGAGGAAAGCUUUAUAUCUGCAGUUUAGUGUGGGGCUGGUGUUCUACUAUGGAGUCAGCAUGGUGGGAUACUGGGCUUAUGGCUCAACUGUCUCUGAAUACCUUCCUGGAGAGCUAAGCGGUCCUAAAUCGGUUAAGGUCCUCAUAAACGCCGCCGUUUUCCUGCAAUCCAUAGUCUCUCAACAUAUGUUUGCUGCACCAAUUCAUGAGACCCUUGAUACCAAGUUCCUCAAACUUGAAACCGGCAUGAACACGAAAGAAAACAUGAAGAGGAGAUUCUACAUGCGAGCCCUUCUUUUCACGGUGAAUUCAUUUGUGACAGCAGCUUUUCCUUUCAUGGGGAACUUUGUGAACUUGUUUGGAUCAUUCACACUUGUUCCUCUAACUUUCGUGUUCCCAAGCAUGAUUUUCAUCAAGGUGAAAGGAAAGACAGCUAGACUAGAGAAGAAUUUAUGGCAUUGGUUCAACAUUGUAAUUUUCUCUCUCCUUGCUGUUGUGACCACAAUUUCUGCUGUUCGAUUGAUCGUCAACAAUGUUCAGAAAUAUCAUUUCUUUGCGGAUACAUGAAGACAUGUAAAUUAUUACAGGCAUUUUACAUUUCAAAAAUAUUCAUCUAUAGUAAAUUAUUGUAGAUACAUGAUGAAGACAUGUAAAUUAUUGCAGAUACAUAAAAACAUGUAAAUUAUUACAGAUACAUGAAGACUUGGGAGCUUACAUCUAAAGUAACCAAAGGAAAAUAUUAGUUCUGUCA